AUUUCUCCUAGGUGUCUUCGGAUUGAUUAAGAAUUGGAGCAGUUUCCGUUUUUUUUCCGGGGCAAAACAAAAGCGCCAUUCAUGUUUGUCAUUUAGCUUUGAGGCACCGAGCGAAUCUUUUUUUCCGUUGCCUAGGUCUGGGUGUGAGGAGAAGUUGGGCCUGGGUACUGUCUUGCUUUCGCUAGCUGCUUUAUCACAACAGCCUGAACUCGUUUCACCAUGGAUCAGCAUCAGGACUUCAACUCGAGCCUGGACGGCCACGCCGCCGUGCAAUUCAACUCCGGGGAGACCAUGGCCUCGGCUGCCCUGGCCAACAUGACACUGAAAGAACCCCAGAACCAGCAGGAGGUCAAGAAGCCUAACGGGAUGCCAGACGCACACAUGGGACCCGGGGGCAUGGAAGAAGAUUUGCUGGAGCUGUCAUCGGAACUGAAAUCACAGCCUCCGGCACCAGUGUCAGAGGUCUCUGUGUCUAAGAGCGCCCUCUCGGCUACCAGAGGGAUGACCGCUACAGGUCAAGAGGAGCUCACUGCAUCGCUCAGCCCCACGCCAGGAGGUGUCAGUCCUGCCACAGAGAGCGGCCGCAGUAGCAGGUCCGGCUUUGCCGACGGCGGGAGUGAAGACGGGGAGCGGGCUGGGUCGGUAAGCCCCCAGGCGUCUCCUUCAGCCCCUGAAGCCCCAAUCGAGAGGGACACUCCAAGGCUCUUCUCCCCAGACUCGCUGGGGUCUGAGAUGAAGAGGAGGUCGUCAGACAAGGUCUCUGUGGGCCACAGCCUGAGCGACUCUGGGUCUGAGGACGAGGAUGAGCAGGACGUAUGUGAGAGCAAGGAGGCUCCUACCUCGGCCUAUGAAGACAGGAUCAGUCCUGGGAAGCCUCAGAGCCCUCUCUUCGUGGAAAAGGAGGGGACGAAAGAGCAGGUGGAUGAAGAAAAAGAGGAGGAUAGCGACGAGGAUGAAGAGGAGGAGAGAACAGAGGUGUCAACGAUCCGCAGGAGGCCACGUCGUGAGGUCAGCUCAGAAGAGGAAGAGCAGCAGAAAGAUGAAGGUUGCGCCCCUGUCAUUCCCGUUGCCAUGACCCCGGAGGAAGCCAAGCAGCGCGUCCUAUCCUUUGACUACACGGAGCCUGAGGGACACCCCCCUGGUCAGGGCAUCCCUGCAGGGUUGCAGAACGGAGCAGACAAGACCCCCCCAGAGAGCAAGAGCCCUGACUCCAACAGGGCCGACCAUGGAUCUCCCUUCUCCCCUAGCACCGCAGCCAACCGGACCAAGGACCAGUCUCCUCUCAUCGAGUACCAGCCAGACGCCCGCGAUGCGGUGGAGCAGGAGACUGAGGAGAAGGUGCAGGAGGAAGAAGAGGUGCAGGAGAAGGUAGCUAGUCCCCUGCCCAUGAUUGCUGUGCCCCAGAUGGAGGUUGAGCCUGUCCAGAAGGAUGAUGUGAAGACCUCAAAGGACACUCAAGGCCAAUACCUGCAGUCGGCAAACGAGGAUGUCAUCGCAGCGGUGACGGCAGCUCAGUCGGUGACCAAAGCCAAACCUGCAGAAGCCAAACCUGCAGAAACGAAGCCUGGCAAGCCUGCUAGUGGCCCCAAAGGUGAUGCCAAAGGAGGUGCUCCUACAGCAGCCAAAGGCCCGGUCAGAAAAGUGACUGCUAAUGCUGUUGCCCCUCCCCCCAAGACCACCGCCGCUAAAACUCUGAAAGCACUCCCAAAAGAUGCCGCCCCACCGGGCGGAAAAGCAAAUGCUCCAGGUGCCCAGCUGAAAGCCAAGGCCAGUGCAGGGGCUGGGAAAGAAGCAGCUGAGAAAAAGACACCCAACGCCACCACACCUGUCAAAGCAUCCACCCCCAAACGACCCUCCUCGGUCCAAACCACCCCCAACAAAAAGCCUUGGUCCUCUUCCUCUGCCCCAGCCUGCAACACUAGCAGGCCCAGCUCAAUAUUUAAACCCAGUCCAGGCAGUGCAAGAGCCAGAGAGCCCAGGCCAAGGACUGGAGAUGGGAAGACCGCCAGCACCAGGACACCAGGUGCCAAACCCCAGGGUGCUGGGACCAGGAUGCAGACCAAGACCACUGCUGGAGUUGAUUCCCCCAAGACGUCCCAAGACCGUAGUGGCUACAGCAGCCCCAGCACACCCAAGUCCCCCGCCAGCCGGGAGGUGAAGAAGGUGGCGGUGGUGCGGACCCCUCCUAAAUCCCCUGGGUCCAUGAGGGGGCGCAGUCCGGUGCCCCUGGCCGCCCCCAUGCCCGACCUGAAGAACGUCCGGUCAAAGAUUGGCUCCACGGAGAACAUCAAGCACUCGCCUGGUGGAGGACGGGUGCAAAUAGUUGAGAAGAAGAUGGAUUUAAGUAACGUUCAGUCAAAGUGUGGCUCCAAAGCCAAUCUCAAGUAUACCCCAGGAGGUGGCAAUGUUCAAAUUACUCACAAAAAGAUUGACCUCAGCAACGUACAGUCAAAGUGUGGAUCGAAGGCCAACAUUCACCACAAACCAGGUGGAGGCAAUGUGGAGAUCAAAUCCGAGAAGAUGGACUUCAAGGUUCAGUCUAAGAUUGGGUCCAUGGACAACGUUGGUCAUGUGGCUGGAGGUGGCGGGAGGAAGAUUGAAAGCCACAAACUGAGUUUCCGUGAGACGGCGAAAGCCCGCACCGACCACGGAGCGGAGAUUGUCCCCGUGGAGAUCAUCGCAGGCGGCUCACCCGCCCGUCUUCUCAGCAACGUGUCGUCCCCUGGCAGCCAGAACAUGACAGAGACGCCGCCGCUAUCCAUGCUUGCCGACCAGGUCUCCGCCUCCCUCGCCAAGCAAGGCCUGUGAUUCGACCACGUCCCUCCCUGAAAAAGCAUUGUAGGUUACCAAGGGAACCAACCACGUGAUAAAAAAAAGAGAAACGAAGAGAAAAAGAAGCACCUCACUCACUCUCCCUUCCUCCUUGAAAUUCAAAGUCGCUCGCAGGAUUUUUCCGACCGGGGAUAUCAGUCAGGGCAAAGUGGUCCGUUAAUGGACAGCCGUUUAUGGUCUUGAUAGUUAGAUGGACACAGGUAAUGAAAACAUAUAUGUGAAAGAAACGCAGCAUUAUUCUAUACCCAUAAAAACACAGACAGGCCUUGUUAUAAAGACAUUUACCAUACUUUCCAUUUACAGUGCAAUUAAUUGGGCUGCUCAAUUUGAAAGCAACUGCUCCGCAUGAAAAUAUUGCACAUUUCUUUGCUUAUUGCCAUGCAGUGGAUGUUUGAAUUUGCCCAUUUUAAGCCUUAAAAUGUGAAGUAGCCAAAGCCUCAAAUCUUUUCUCCACUAGAAAAGAUCAGCUAAAUUAAAGUGACACUGUACUAUACCAUUCAAAUGAUACUAAGUGCCAAAUAGACUGUUGCCCUUUCGUGCUUAAAAAACUCAGAUAUUCCCCAGUUGAGAAAUCCGCAAAGAUUUAUUUACGGUAUAAUGAAAUUCGAACGUUGUCGUAAACAGUUGCUGUGAUGUAAUUAAUAGCGUGUAAGUAAGGCAAUUUGACUCUGCCUUUGAGAUGAUUAAAAUAGACAUUGUUUGUGAAAUUAUAAAAUAAACCAUUUUCAUGAGAAGGACAAUUACAAGUCUAUUACCCAGAAUAUUUAACUUAAGAGUUAAAGCCCAUGGCCUGUUCAAAACAUUUCAAGGAGGAUCCCAUUGCUGAGCAAUUCAAAUCAAUUAAGUAAACAAUGAAUUAUGGAGUAAUGGAGCCACAUUGUGCACAUGUCAAUCAAUUGGAUAAGAUUGCUCAUUUGAAGUUGAGAGGGUUUUUUGUGUGUAUGGUAUAGUCUACGUGCAGAUAUUUUGGUGGUAUAUCACCAAUCCUCACCAAGUUUCUUCUCAGCAGUGAGUCUGGAUCUGAGUACCUCCCCGUUGAUUUCUAGAACGAAUAUCCAUUCUAGACCAUCUGAUUGGUCCAGAGCCAGAACACACGUGGGUAUAGGGGCGUUAUGAAAUUUCAUCAUUGGCUUUGAUACUCCGAUUGGUUAGAGAUGAUCCAAUCGCAGAUUACUUUGUUUUGUACAACACCCCUUAUUUUGAAGUCAACAACAAACGACUUGAAUGAUGGCUGUCUCAGACUGCAGUAUGUAGGAAUGAUUGCACAGCGGAAUAAUUCAGUUUGAGUGGUCAGGCAAUAGAAAUGCCACUGCAUUCCCACAACACACAUGCCUAGAAAAGUCUCAAUUUGACCUGCAUGAAAUUCAAAGCCUAAUAUAGGAUGUGCUCCAAAUCUCUACCCUACUCCCGAAGUGUGCACUUGCACACUCUCUUUGUCAAAGAUGAUCAAAUGACCACCCCCUACCUACCCACAGCGCACUACUUACGACGUGAAUUUUAACUAAAGUAAAUAUUUCUUCGCAACGAUUAGAGCACUCUUCUUUUUUUUACGCUGUAGAUCUAACCUUAUGUUGCGCACUUUCUUUCCUACUAGUAGCCCUAUUCUGUGGAUGUAAGACAUAUUCAACUGCUAUUUACGAAUGCUUGUAGAUGUACCUGCUGACACCCUGCUAUUAUUUUUUUUAUACUCCCGACCCUCACGAUGCAUUCUUGUUUUUGAAGGUAGUUUUUACACACUGGAGUUCUCAAGUUGACCACCACUACAUGUGUGUGUGAAUGAUAAUUGUCUGGCUUUCCUCCUCAUUCCUCAUGGUCAACAUGAACAUUAUGUAAUGUGCUGAAAAUAUAUGAAAAGGGGGUUAAGCGGAUAUUAAUUGAAGAAAUCUAUUCAAGGUAAGACAUGUAAGCAUAUUAACUACCGAAAGCCCCUCAAAAUACUCAAAUCAAAUGCUAUGUCACAUGCUUCAUAAAAAGGUGUAGACCAACAGUGAAAUGCUUACUUAUGAGCCCUUCCCAACCAUGCAGAGAAAAAUAAAGAAUGAUUAACGGUACCAGUACAGUCGACGUGCAGGGGUACAUAUAGGUAGGCAUACUAAAACUGAUAUUCACGUUUGAGAAAAGGUACCAUAAAACAACCCUAUGCACCUUGGGGUGUUGAAUGAUGUCCCGCAAAAGUGUAAAGCUGUUUUUUCCAAGUUAGUAUUUUAUUUCGAAGCUGAAAAUUGAAAUGUCAUGUCACUCUUCUAGUUUUUCCCAUGUAACCACAUACAGUAAAUUAAUCUGAGGGAGUGGUUUACUAUUCCGAAAGGACAGCAUAACCGCAUUGUAUUCAUUAAACCUUUUCUUAACUGACAUUUUAAGCAAACUGGUAAUUGUAUUGUAAUUAAAUCUGUUGCGACAAGAGGGGAAGAAAGUUUGUGCAAAUGAUGUUUAGGACUUAAUGUCAUUAUUUUAAGGGAAGGAAAAUGGUAAUUUGGGGCUUUUCAUUGUGGUAAAUAUUUUUUCCCUUUUGCCUCAAAGGGAACAAUGAUACAAGUUAACUAGCUUCUAUCCAACCCAUGUCCCGUUUUGUUUAUCAUUCUCUGCCGAGUUUUUAUUUUGACAGUCGUGAUUGUCCUUGUGAUGUGCAUUUUAUUAAUAUUUGGUUUACACUGAUACUUGUUGCUGUAAACGUGGAUUAGGAAAUAAAGUCAGUAUUGGAACAGCAA